GAAAGCACGUGAGUGAGAGCAUUAGGAAGCAACACCGUACAAACCAAAUGUCACUCCAUUUCAUUACAAAUCUGUUUCUUUCUACCGAGUCUCCGGUAAUUCUGUUUUUCGCCGAUAGAAAUUCAUUAGCCACUAAAGAAAUUAAAAACUCGUGUUUUUUAUCCGGGCCCGAUUCCCAUAGAAUCUCACUCCUUUCUUCUACUUGUGUCGGCGGACGAAUCCGAUAUUUUGUAUUGGAAGUUCCCUAAAAGAUUGGCCUUUCAUGGUGGACACGCCAGACAAAUUUUUGCCACUUUCCCAGCUAUGCAAUAUAAAGAUACUCAAGUGAGCAACAGUUUGGCUCCCCAACGGGCUACCGAUCCUGGUUGGGCCCAUGGAACAAUGGUCAAUGGUGGCCGACAAAAGAUCAAGUGUAAAUACUGUCAUAAAAUAUUUCUUGGUGGUGGAAUUUCCAGACUGAAGCAACAUUUGGCUGGAGAAAGGGGCAAUGUAGCUCCAUGUGAAGACGUACCAGAAGAAGUUAAGGUUCAGAUUCAACAACACUUGGGUUUCAAGGUCUUGGAGAGGUUAAAAAAGCAGAAAGAGGCGAAUGGUAGCAAGAAUUCCUAUAUGUUGUACUUGCGCGAUAGAGAAGAAGAUGAUGUUAACUUGGGUUCAGGGCAGAAAGAAGCUAGCAGGAGAAGGGAUAAAGAAGUUUUGGAAGGGAUUUCGAAGCGAACAAAAAGACGUAAGAAGCAAAAUUAUUCAAUGGCUACUUCCGUUAUUACUCAACCCAUCUGCCAGAGCUUUGCUCCCCCAGAGAACAUAGAACUAGCAGAUGUUGCUGUUGCUAGAUUCUUUUAUGAAGCUGGCAUACCAUUCACUGCAGCAAAUUCAUAUUUUUUCCAGCAGAUGGCAGAUAAUAUUAUUGCUGCAGGCCCUGGUUAUAAGAUGCCUUCUUAUACUUCUUUGAGGGGUAAAUUACUGAACAGGUGCAUCCAGGAUGCUGAGGAAUACUGUUCAGAACUGAGGAAGUCUUGGGAAGUGACCGGGUGUACAGUCUUAGUUGACAGGUGGAUGCAUGGAAGAGAUCGCACAGUCAUAAACUUUUUUGUUUAUUGUCCUAAGGGUACUAUGUUUUUAAGAUCUGUGGAUGCAUCGGGUAUCACAAAAUCUGUAGAGGCACUCCUUAAUUUAUUUGAUAGUGUUGUUCAACAAGUUGGUCUGAAAAAUAUUGUCAAUUUUGUGACAGAUUCAGUUCCCACUUACAAAAAUGCUGGAAAACUAUUAGCAGAGAAAUACAAAACCUUUUUCUGCAGCACCUGUGGAGCAGAAUGCAUCAACCUAAUGCUUGAGGAAAUUGGUGAAAGUGAUGGAAUUAAAGAGGUUUUGGCAAAAGCAAAAAGAUUAACUCAAUUCAUUUAUAACAAUUCUUGGGUCCUCAAUCUGAUGAGGAAGAGAACUGGUGGAAAGGAUAUUAUCCAACUUGCAAGGACACGGUUUGCUUCCAUCUUCUUGACACUGCAAACCAUUGUAUCUUUAAAGGAUCAUCUGCACAAGAUGUUUACCAGUGCUUCUUGGAUGCAGUCAUCUUUCCCUAAGCAAAGAGCAGGAAUUGAGGUGGCUGAAAUUUUGGUGGAUCCACGUUUCUGGUCGCUCUGUGACCAAACUUUGACUAUUGCAAAGCCAAUUCUUUCUGUCUUACACCUGAUCGACUGCCAAGAUAAACCAUCUAUGGGUUAUAUAUAUGAUGCAAUAGAGAAAGCAAAAAAAAGCAUUGUUGUGGGAUUUAACAAUAAGGAGUCAGAUUACUUAUCUUACUUGAAGGUUAUUGAUCAUGUUUGGCAAGAAGAUUUCCACAGUCCUCUUCAUGCGGCAGCGCACUAUCUUAAUCCAUCUGUAAUUUACAACCCCAGUUUCUCUUCCAACAAAUUCAUCCAAAAAGGUUUACUUGAUUGCAUAGAAACUUUAGAGCCUAAUUUGUCUGCUCAAGUUACGAUUACAAGCCAGAUAAAAUUCUAUGAGGAAGCUGUGGGGGAUUUUGGUCGGCCUAUGGCAUUACGAGGUCGAGAAUCAUUAGCACCAGCUACUUGGUGGUCUCUCUAUGCAGCUGAUUACCCAGACCUGCAGCGAUUAGCUAUUAGGAUUUUAAGUCAAACCUGCAGUCUUACAAGAUGCGAGAGGAAUUGGAGCAUGUUUGAACGUACCCAUUCAAAGAAGAGAAACCGAUUGGAGCACCAAAGGUUGAAUGACCUCACAUUUGUUCACUAUAACUUGUACCUUCAAGAGAGUAGGCGAGCAGAAACAACUAAAUCCAGGUACACAAGAGGUACCCUUGAUCCGAUAUGCUUAGAAGCUAUGGAUGCUUACAUGGGAGACUGGGUGGAGGAUUUGGCAACCAUGGAGGGCGAGAAUAUUAGCUGGAUGGAUGUAACAGUUCCCCGUGAGCGGACUUUUGUGAUGCAUGAUUCACAUCAGGCUGAUGAUUCUAACGACAGUACUGAUGAUAGGAGCAGUGAAGUCACCAAAGGUAUGGAUGGUGAUGAUGAUUUAUAAUGACUACCUUAUCCCAAUACCAAAGGUAUGGAUGGUGAUGAUGAUUUAUAAUGACUACCUUAUCCCAAUACCCGUUUGAUUAUUUGCCAUCUGUUGGUCAUUCUUAUAACAUGAUUUGCUGAAUCAAUGCAAUCUUCCUUUAUCUAUGGGAUUGUACGGUCUUGGAGUUUUCAGUAUUUCAUUUAAUUUUAGGUCAAAAACAAACAUUUUAGGAACAGCCUAUUUAGUCCCUAAACUUUUUCUUUGACCCAUUUUUAAGUUCAUGAAUUUUCAUUUAUCUUUGAAUCAAACUCAUUGUAUCCAAGUUACCAACAAUACUUGUUAUUAUGGGCAAAAAUUAUAAUUCAGUAAACCAUAUCAAUAUCA